AUGCCGAUGUUUGAUGCUGUCCUUAAAGAUGACGUAUUUGUUGUCGCUCCUCUUUUGUUCAUCAAGGCUGACAAUCCUCGUCAUGCCGAGAUAACUUGCUUAAAACAUUCAACGGCUACAUUUGCUUGUAGAAAGUGCUUCUGGUGCCGCCAUGCCAAUAAUUACAAUCAAAAUAUAAGGACCACUCCUGAAAAAUAUGUGUCAGCUCCAAGGGAAAAAGGGCAUUGGAAAAGUUUAUUUAUUACAAGCAACUUACCUAUUCCUGAUUUUUCGAUCCGGGUUCGUGAUAGACAGGGUCACUUUAUUUUUGUUGAUGAUCUGAUGACUCUUGGUUUCAAAGAUUCUAAUGGUAAGGGCUUGCUGGGUCUGUCCUCUUGGGAUCGAAGUAAAGAUACGCCAGUUGAAAUAUUGCAUGGAUUAUGUCUGGGCUUGAUCAAGUACACCUUCAACAAGGCUGCCGAUUGUUGUUUUAACAAAACCCAAGUCGAUGUCAUCAGUUCUCUAUGUUGUACUUACGGUUCAAAGGCUUUCACUAACUUGUCCACGCAUCUGAAGGGUUACAAAAGCUACCUUGGAAGAGAUUUCAAGCUUAUGGUCCAGAUGAUUCCAAUUGUACUGAGACUUGCUAAGGAUGACCGGGCAUUCUUGACUUUUCGUAACGAUCCCCACCACAGGCUGAAUAACAUCAUCGAUACUUUCGAUAAGCUUGGUGAGCUUUGUUCUCUAUCCUAUAUGUCGGAAAUUCAUACCAACUUUCACAAAUUUGUUGAGAUGCUUCAAAAGGCUGCCAAUGAUACAAUCGUUGCUUUGGAUAACCUUGAUCAUACGGCAAUUCCAAGUAACAGGCGUUCUCGUCGCGGUCGUAGAGCCAAUCAAGCUUCUACAACUGAAAAUGUAGAUGAGCCAUCGGUGAUGUUUGGUGAUGUUGUGCCUCCUGAAGAAGGUGAAGAUUCUGACGAUGAAGACGUAACUUCUGCUGCUGCUACUGGUGCUGCUGCUACUGGUGCGCGUGCUGGUGUUCGUUCUCGUGCUGGUGCUAGUUCUGGUGAACAGCUUAAUGGUGCUUCCAUUCCAUACGCCAAGACAGGUGGUCCUCUGUGCAAUCGUUUGAAAACACACUUGAUCAUUCACUUGGUGGAGGAUUGUAUUCGUUUUGCUUCUCCUGUGCUUUUGGCUACUGAAAAGAAUGAACAGUUUAACAAGUACAUUCGUGCAAUAAUCAUGAAAACGAACAAGCAAAACCCCUCUCGUGACUUGGCCCUGAUCAAUGGUUGUGAGCUGUCUUUGAGGAAUGUCGAUGGGUUGUUACUGGGACAAUGA